UCGAUAAGACGCGACGAGCGGUCCCCGACCAAGGCCGGGCGCUGGGCGGCGGGCAGCUCGCAAGUCAGUCCGGGGGUGGACCGCCGGCGCAGCAACCCGACACCGAGACAUGACGCUGGUAGCCGCUGCCUCGGAGCCUCGCGAAGCCAGACCGCGCUUCUUGGCAGCCAAGCGAUAUUCAGAGGAGACGCCCUGGUGAUCUGAACCCGACUGAACCACCACCUGCGACAUCAUGGCGCUCGACUUCGUCGCUGGCUGCCUCGGCGGUUGCGCUGGGAUAUUAGUGGGGCAUCCCUUGGAUACUGUAAAGGUACAUCUUCAGACGCAGAACCAGCGCACACCUGCCUACCGAGGAGCCUUCGACUGCUUCACACACAUAUUGCACAGGGAGUCGGUGGGGGGCCUGUACCGCGGCAUGGCGGCGCCGCUGGCGGGCGUGGCGGCGGUGAACGCGGUGACGUUCGGCGUGUACGGGCUGGCGGCGCGCUACCUGGGCGCCGACUCGCUGCGCGGCCAGUUCGCCGCAGGCGCGCUCUCCGGGCUGGCGCAGUCGGCCAUCUGCGCUCCGCUGGAGCAGCUCAAGACGCGCGCACAGCUGCUGGGCGUCGGCCCGCUGCAGUGCGCCGCCGACACGCUGCGCCGGGAAGGCCCGCGCGGGCUCUUCCGGGGGCUCGCCGCCACCGUGCUGCGGGACACCCCAGCCAUGGGCAUCUACUUCGCGACGUACGAGGCGAUGACGCGCGGCAGCGCCCCCGCGCCCACGUGGCUGGUGCUGGCGGCUGGUGGCACGGCCGGCGCCGCCUCCUGGCUGUUCACCUACCCCAUGGACGUGCUCAAGUCGCGCCUGCAGGCCGACGGCGGCGACGGCCGCCCCCGCAGGUACUCGGGUAUGGCGGACUGUCUGCGGCAGAGCGUGCGCUCGGACGGCUGGUCCUUCCUGACGCGUGGCCUGGGCAUCGUGGUGGUGCGCGCCUUCCCCACCAACGCAGCGUGCUUUUUCACCGUGACGCUGGUACUGCGCUGGGACCAGGAGCGCCGGCGUACUAGCAGCCACGGACACCGGCAGCUGCCGCCCGCCGUCGGAGAGCACGACUCUGGCUUGCUGCAGCUGCAGCCACCGCGCCCUGCAGCCACCUGGCACCGCGGCCACCAGGACGACCUCUUCGGCUGGAGGCGUAGCCUGGCGCGAGCCACAGGCUGCAGCUUCCUCAAGCUGGAAGGCCCGGCGGCCAACAGGGAGGAUCAGAGCGAGGCAGCUGGGGGCCAGUACGAGAGCGUUCACAGACUCUUCUUACACACGGCUGACUUCACAGAGAGCUCGUGGUUGAGCAGUGAAGAGUUCCUCUGCCCUCCUGAAGGCGAUGCUGAGCGGAAGAUCGAGGCGGGGCAAAUAGUCCGGUCCCAAAGCGGAAUGGCCUCUUCAACCAGCGAAGAAAUCUCGACAACGGUGUCAAAGUUAGAUCCCAAAUCGGACGACAUUCAGAUAAUGGGUAGUCCGGCGAGUGGCUUGGUGAGGAAGCCGGACGCUGUGCGCCACAUCAGCCGGGAUGCUGCGAAUCGUACGGUGGUGGCGACGCAGGUGGACUUGUUCCAAGGGUAUAUCGUGCCACCAGACGACCUGUGGCUGGACCAAGGAGUCGGCAAUCACCUCGAGCGCGGAAAGCUAACCGCCACACGGCUCGACAAAAGUCGUUCCUUGAACGACUGAAUCAAUAGUAGGGACACACGUCUCCAUAUGUGAGGACGGAGAGUUUUCAUUCGUAGUGUAAAAUGAGGGCCUUCUUACAAUGAAGAGGCCGCAAUCAGGCAUAUUCUGAUUCUGAUUUCAUUUAUUUAAGUCGUUUCCGGAUUGAACACUUCGUGAUUUAUGUCGGUGACGUAGUAUUCUUUUCAGGUAGUGCACUCUUGGUCUGUGGCUCACAGUGUUUAUGUGGAAACGUAUUUACAAGGUAUGUAAUGUUACCUGUAGCCAGCCCAACUGUGAAAUACGAUCGACAAUUGGGUUAAAAGUAAGUUUGGUCCAUUUCACCGUUUGAUACAUCAACUGGCGCUGGGCGUAAACGCACACUGCUUUCUCCUCCUGUGGACUGUUUGAAGACGGCGCAAAAUAGACAAAGUUUGCAUCAGCAUUUACAACGAGUCGUGCUCUAAAGCUUGUAGCACUAUGUGUAGGCAAAGGUGUAGCAGAUGAAACAACAAAGAAACGAACAAGCGACUGUAAUACUAACUGGGAGAGUGCACAAUCCGUCUGAUAUGAUUAACAAAUGCUUGGAUGUGGUAACGGUUUAACUAAAAAAUUCAUCAUAACAAAAUGUGACUGACUGCUGCCUGUUCAAUACAAGUUAUAUUCCAGUAGAGUCACGGAACUGCUUCCAUCCACCAAGGACAAAUAACUGACAUGUUAACGAACUUCGCAGUAGAUAAUUUCCCAUUUUUCCCAUUCCGAUAAAUGUUUUUAUAUUACUCGUAAAUGAUGCUGAGCUAGAAUGUCAUGCUACUUAUAUUUCGCUGAAUUUAAGGAUGAUAAAGGAUAGCCAGCUUGUAGCCCCAGUGGCUGCUGAGCGCCUUUAUUUGGUUGUCAGUCACACACCUGUCAGGAAUCAGAAGCAAGGACAAGAGGAUCACAUUGUUCUCAAACUGUUCAACAGCACGAAAUUUAUAGACUUUGAGGUCACAUUUUUCGUUUUAAUAGAACAUUCAUUUGUCCUAAUAGCUUUCUUUACAGUUAUCGUUCGAAGCAUAGUUAACAACAGUGUAGAGUUUAAGAUGACGCUAUUACAAUGAUAGUUAAUAUGUUACAACUUACAAUAUUGUUUUACAUUUAUCUGAUACAGUUUGUCUUAAAUAAUAUUGAAGUUUUUAUGUAUUGGUAACAACACUUCCUUCCUCACAUGGUUAGAUUCUUAUCUAACAGUUGGGGACAGUUACGUCCAUAGGGUAGUUUAGCAAGUUUUUGUUUUCUAUUACAACUGCAGUACAUAUAUAUGUGACAGAGUUGUGGAUUCAAGUAAUAUUUUAGUUCGGGAUCUUCAUACGCCCUACAGUGUAAACGUUUUAGUGGUGAAUUCAAUGAGUUACAUAGCUAAACUACAGCCUCGCUGAAAUCAGUAUAUCCCCGCUAUCCUCUUUAGGGGUAGGGCUAAAUCUCUGUUUUCCGUUGCACGUGUCUUACAUAAAUAAGAACUUUCUAGUCUUGAAGGUCUAAUGUUGACGAUGGUAAGUUUCUCAGUAGGUGACACCUGACUUCUCAGCUUGGGCUGUGCUAUCUGUAGAUAGUAGUAACUACAUACGUAAUUUUUUUAUCUUUGUAUUUUAAUGACUCGCUUAAAAGGACGAGACAAACUCUUCCAAAGGCAAAGAUGCUACAUAUAUUUUACAGAUUCACUGUUCAGAAGCUUAUAGUAUGAAAUAUUCAUGGAAUGGUCAAUGUAAACGAAAGUAAUUAAUACUCAACUGUAUAUAUUGUAAGAAAUAUAAAUAUUCUCAAAGAGAAA